GGCAUCCCGGGAAAACGGUGCUGAGUCAUCAGGAGCUCCCUCUGUCGGGUGCAACUGCCAGCGGCCAGCCUCCAGAGCUUUGGGGAAGCAGGCUGCAGGGCUGACGCGCCAAAGAGGUCCCACCUCAACCUAUCUGUACAACAACGACCGACCGCAUCACCACAGCUUUAGUAGCCAGCUUCAACGUCGCUUGCAUCAGCACUCACUAACUACCUUACCUACCUGCUUGAAAUUUCUCACUACCCUCGGCUUUGCAAUCUGCAGUCUUCCCCAUUCCGCAACACCCCAAAACUUAACUCCCCCACCACGUCCACGAUGGCCAUGUUCAGCCAGAACCCGCUCAUGAACGGGCCCAACUACUCGUUCAGCGAGGCACCCAAAUUCAACGCUCUCGAGGGAGCUCGACAGCAUCGCUUUGACCCAUACACUGACAAUGGUGGCUCGACCCUUGCCAUCGCCGGCGCCGACUUCACCAUCAUGGCUGGCGAUACCCGUUUGACCUCGGGCUACAGUAUCAACUCUCGGUUCCACCCCAAGGUGUUCAAGAUCGGCGGCACAACUUCCGACCAGAGUGAUGCAACACUGGUUCUCUCGGUCGUAGGGUUUGCGGCGGACGGGGAAGCUCUCAAGGAACGGCUCGAUGCCAUUUGCAAAAUGUACCGCUACCGCCAUGGGAAACCCAUGAGCGUCAAGGCGUGUGCACAGCGGCUGUCGACAAUUCUUUACCAGAAGCGGUUCUUCCCAUACUACGCCUAUGCUAUCCUUGGCGGCCUCGACGAGGAGGGCAAGGGAGCCGUCUACUCAUACGAUCCAGUCGGCAGCUACGAGCGGGAACAAUGCCGGGCAGGCGGUGCCGCGGCCAGUUUGAUCAUGCCAUUCCUCGACAACCAAGUCAACUUCAAGAACCAGUUCAUUCCGGGCAGCGGUGAAGGUCAUGCUCUCCAAGAACGCGAGCGACGCCCUUUGACUCGUCAGGAGGUCGAGACUCUGGUGAAGGAUGCCUUUGACGGGGCUGUCGAGCGUCAUAUUGAAGUCGGCGACGGACUGCAGAUGAUGAUUGUUACAAAGGAAGGGAUUGAGGAGGUCAUUUUGCCGCUCAAGAGAGAUUAG